CUUCCCUCGUUCCCCUUACUACACCUUCUCUUCCUUCCUCCCUCCCUCCUUCCCUCCCCGUUCCUCCAGGAGGGGUUUGCAUCAGAAGUCUCGCCCCACUGGACUGCCAGAAUCUACUUCUUCUCUUUCUACAUCGUCACACUGGUGGUCCUGCAAGUGGUGAUAUCGUUCAUAGUGGAGGCAUUUGUCCUGCAACUGGAGGAGGCCAACCACCGCAAGGAGAGAGAGAAACAACUCCUCGGAAGAAACCUACAGAUUGUUUACGACACCGACUGUGUUGAAGACGAACACCGUAAGAAGGAAGUGAGGAUAACGCUGCACCACCAAGAUAUCAAGAAAUUGAACUAUCUCAUCACAUACACCGACGAACGUAGAACGCGAAACAAAGAAUCGUUCAGUUUCGAUCAAGCGGUAAAGAAAUUCAGGAGAAUCGACCUACCAAAGGAGGGGAUGCAGUGUAGUGGGAGGAGACUCAGAACAAAGGACGACCUUCAUCUGCUAAAGUACAGGGCUGAUAUCCAGCAAUGGAUCCAGGAACAAGACACGGCCUUUAGACACGUCGAGACAUCUGCUCCUUCCAAAACACCAACCAAACGGAAAAUAUGGGCCAAGACCAAGAAAAUUCUCAUCUACUUCCUGGAGUGAAAACCUCCAUUUUACCUCUCCCCUCUCUCCUCUUCUUUCACUCCCCAUUCUACUUGCUCUCCUCUGAUACAUCUGUAUGUUGUGUUGCAAAUAUUAUAUUUAUGGUCACUCU